CAGGGGCAUGGAGAUGUUGCGCCGCUCUUCUGUGUUCGCGGCCGAAGUGUUUGACCGCUCGCCCACCGACAAGGAGCUGGUGUCCCAGGCCAAGGCGCUGUGCAGGGACUACAUUUACUCCAGGCUCAACCGCGCCGGGAUAGGCUGGUCGAAGCCUGACCACGGGCGGGCUGCAUCAGGCGGGGCGCUGGGAGAUAUAUCGUCGGUCCUGCUGUGGCUGGGUGAUGAGUUGGAGUACCUUCGACCCAAUGUGUACCGCAACGUAGCGCGACAGCUCAACAUCACGGUGGCUUCAGAGAGUAUUGUGUCGGACGCCUUCCUGGCUGUGGCUGCAGACAUUUUCUCCACAGGUGUGACAUGGGGGAAGGUGGUGUCUUUGUACGCUGUGGCAGGAGCCCUGGCAGUGGACUGUGUUCGCCACGGCCACCCGGCUAUGGUCCAUACCAUUGUUGACUGCAUGGGGGAGUUUGUCCGCAAGAGCCUGAUCUCCUGGUUAAAAAGGAGAGGGGGCUGGGUGGAUGUAACGAAAUGCGUGGUGAACACCGAUCCCAGCUGCCGCUCUCACUGGCUGGUGUCCGCCGUCUGUGCCUUCGGACACUACCUGAAGGCCACUGUGUUGUACCUCCUCAGAGACACGUGAAAGACAAAGUCACGCACUGGGUUUUUUUUUUGUAGCGGACUGACCGACACUAUACUCCGCCACCACCACCAGCACUCCACUAAAGCUUCCACUGCUUUGGAUUAUGUUUACACUCGUUUGCACUGAGCCUUCGUGGACGAUGAACGCCUGUCCAUUCACAGAAAAAGGACUUUCCGUGCUUCCUCUGCAAGAUUGUCUAUUUAUUGUUAAUAGUA